AUGGAUGUCGAUGCACCUGAAGAGAAUACCCAAGCCAGCACCUCACAGCCCAAACGUUCAUUCACCGUUCCGGUGGACGACGCGCACCCCUUUGACCUUGAGAGCUACAUAUCCAACUACUCCGGGCGUACUGUUGUGGACCGCCUGACCCACAUAAUUCUACUGUGCCCAUCGAUUGCCGUUGAUGCCUUCCACCUAGCCAUCCAGCAUAUUCACCAAUCUCGCGACCCGUCGCAGUACCAAGGCCUCGUAACGGCGUACGAGCAGGCUUAUGCGAAUGCCACUGGAUCCCUGCCGCCGAUAUCUGAAUUUGCCUCGCUCAGCACGCGGUGGAUAGAUGAAACCCUUGCUAAGAACCAGUCGGAUCGAUUGAAGCUCGAGAUGGAGCUGAAAACGUACUCGAAUAACAUGAUCAAGGAGAGCAUCCGGAUGGCGCAUCGUGACCUGGGCGACUUUUAUCGAGCUAUCGGAGAGUACGCCACCUCGCUGAAGCACUAUACAAAAUCCCGAGAAUACUGCACCACCAGCCAACACGUCCUUGAGAUGUGUCUUUCCGUUCUCGAGCUUCUCAUUGAACAGCGAAACUACGGCCACCUACCUACCUACGUCUUCAAAGCCGAAGCCGCUUUGGACGCAGCCAUCGCCGCCUCUUCUUCUGCCAAUAAAGACGCCUCUGCUCCAAUGGUUUCAGCCGGCACAAAGAAGUCCUCUCCCGAACGAGACGGAGUCCGGUCUAAACUCGACUUGGCCACUGCCCUGUCGUAUCUGGGACAGGACAAUUACAAGAAGGCGUCGUACAACCUCCUGCGGCUGGGGUCGACGAAGGAUCUCGGUGAAUGGAUUGGCACGCUUGUCAGCCCGAGUGAUAUCGCAAUAUACGGGACUAUAUGCGCGAUGGCAAGCCUCUCUCGGGCUGCGCUUAAGGCUCAGGUGAUCGAUAACCCCACGUUCGGCGUGUACAUCGAGCAGGAGCCCUAUCUUCGUGAACUUAUCGAGGCAUACAUGGCUAGCAAAUUCCAGACUGUCCUUGACCUGUUAUCGCGGUACUCUACUCGCCAUUAUAUCGACAUCCACCUCACCACGCACGUACAAGCCUUGAUGAACGCGAUCAAGAACCGCGCCGUGGUGCUAUACUUCCAGCCGUUCUCGUCUAUUCGUCUCGACAGGAUGAGUCAAGCUUUCGGGUGGAGUGUCGACGAGACGGAGGGCCAAGUGGUUACCCUUAUCCAAUCAGGGGAUAUCCAAGGGAGGGUGGAUAGUCAGAAUAAGAAGAUACUACAAGUCAAAAAGGUUGACCACAGGGCGGAUUUGUUCGCGCGCGCUAUCAGGGCUGGGAAUGAUAUGCAUUCGGCGAAUAGAAAGCUGUUACUGAGGAUGCGGCUGUGA